CAAGGACUGCUGCUGACUUUAUUUUUGGGGUACCUUUCAGAUCUGCAGAAGCAAGAGGAGCGCGGAGAGCUGCUGCAGCCACUGAUCUUCGUCCUGCUGGUGCUGUGCUCUGUCCUGCUGUACUUCAAGGUGUCUCUCAUGGACCCGGGUUUUGUUAAGUCUGAAGAGGAGAUGAAGGCAGGUAAGAGUGAAGAACAAAACAUGGUGACACCCCAAGUUCCAAGCAACGUUAAGAUGCGGCAUUGUGGUUACUGCAUGGUGAAGCAACCAAUGCGAGCUAAGCACUGCCAGCUGUGCCGACACUGCGUACGACGCUACGACCAUCACUGUCCCUGGAUUGAGAACUGCGUAGGAGAGAAGAAUCACCCCCUUUUCAUAGUCUACUUGAGCGCACAGCUUGUAGUUCUGCUGUGGGGAGGUCACGUUGCUUGGUCAGGCCUCUACUUUGAACAGUCCUGGGACUGGCUGCAGCACAACAUUUUCCUCCUCCUGUCCUUCCUCCUGAUAGCCACAUUCACCAUUGUUGUCCUGCUGCUGCUUAUUUCACAACUCUAUCUGAUCUCCUGCAACACCACCACCUGGGAAUUCAUGUCACAUCAUCGCAUCUCCUACCUGAAACACUCUGAGUUGGAGAAUCCCUUUGACCAAGGGGUGGUCCUCAAUCUCUGGAGAUUCUUCUGUUCGUGCCACCUCACUGCAUGGGAGAAAAUCUAUUUUCACAGAAACAAUGAGCCUGUCUAGUCACAGCAGUAGCUACCUGGCAGAGCACCAGCACAGCUGUAGGUUGUUGGGUGAAGCUUUGC